UGUCGCAAACAUGGGCGCAGUGAAAACAAGAGUGCUUUACGGCAUUCGUCCGCGUUACCGUAAAGCGACGGAGACUCGCGGAAGGUUAAAGACUCCCCGAGGUUCAGAGCCAUGCCCUUUGUGGACCUGCAGGAGAAGCUGGGUGUGAACGUGGACAGGUGGCUGCUGGCCCAGAGCGGGGAGCAGCCGUACCGCCGGGCGGCGCGGUGCCAUGCCUUCGAGAAGGAGUGGAUCGAGUGUGCCCACGGCAUCGGGCAGACGCGUGCCCGCCGGGAGUGCAAGCUGGAGCUGGAGGACUUCCGGGAGUGCAUGCACCGCGACAAGACCUACAAGCGUCUGUACGAGAUCCGCAAACAGAAGGAGAAGCUGAUGAAGGAGGGCAAGUACACACCUCCAGAGCACCACACUGGGCAGGAGGACCCCCGGCCGUGAGGCAGUCACGCCCCCUGCCUGCGCGGAGGAGACACUGCAGCUCGGUGACAGAGGGGACAGCCCAUGACCACAGACCCCACUUGCACCCAGUCUUGUGUACUGAGACACCCUGAUUUACCAUCAGUUUACAAGACAAGAAAAAUAAAAUGGCUCUUACUUGAA